CGACGUGAAUCUAGUCGAUUUAACCUCAAUUCAAGUGAUUUCAUUAUCCCAGAACGUCUGAAUAAAUAAUUCAUUGUUUUCUCUUGAGUUUGUUGAACAAAUCUCCGAAUUAUUGGAAUUGCCGUUGCUGUAUUGAUCAGAGAAUUGUAACUCAGACUUCAGAACAAGAAGAUGAUUUUCAAAUAUAAACACCAGAUGAAACUUCAUUACUCUUAAUUAUUCUUAAUGAGUAAACAAACGAUCGACAUUUAUCAAUUCUCGAGUGUUGAUUGUCGAAGAAAUCAAAAGAACCUGAAGAUGUUGAUGGGCAUCUGUACCUUGCACAUGUCCAUCCCUGGAGGACACUAGGGUAUCAAAAAAAAAAAAAAUUGAUCCAUCCACAAAGAUGAACAGCAUCUCAGGACAAUUUCGCAAGACGACGUGGGAUCCACUGCUGAUAAUAUCCCAGAUAACAGCUGUACAAACAGUUCUGUACUUCUCCCUGGGCAUUUGGAUCUGGAUAGCCACGAUUUUUCUGGGAGCAACGAGAUCCCUGGACUACGCAUUCCACUACAAGGAGAUUCACGUGAGAGAUCACGGUGGUAGAUUAGUUAUCGCGAUAUUCGUGAUUAAUUCAUUGAUUGGGGCUGUAGCUCUCUGGUGGCUCGUCCAGAGGACGAAACAGUGCAUGGAUUUUACCUGCACAGCUCAUUUGAUUCAUUUGCUAUGCUGUUGGAUCUACAAUUCGAGUUUUCCUACGACAUUCAGCUGGUGGUGUCUCAAUAUCGUGUCGAUGACAAUCAUGUGUGUUUGCGGGGAAUUUCUGUGCAUGAGGACAGAGCUCAAAGCCAUUCCCCUGGGGAUGAACAGCCAGAAGACAGCAUUGUAAUUACUAUUUGGCCCUGAUAAACAUUGAAUUCAAAUCAUUCGCAUCGGAGAACAGAAUAAAUAAAUCCAUUUUGUUAAUCAUUUUGUAGAA